GUUUCCAUGUUAACUGUCUGUAUUAUCUGUACACGUGUCUGCAGUGGGAUUAAAGUGUCCUGAACGUUAUUCCGGUUUGUUGUCGGUGUUCCCUGCAGGUCCUCUCCCUGUGACUAUGGCCCAGUCGACCCUGGACAGCAUGGCCGCAGCCUGCACCGGCACCGUGCUGCUCACUGAGCCGCUGGGCUUCUGGGGUGGGAGGCGAGUGAAGCCCCGGCAGGAGAGAGACGCAGAGCCCGUGUUCGAACCUGCGACUGGCCGCGUCUUGUGUCAGAUGGUUCCCUGUGGGGCUGAGGAGGUGGAUGAGGCCAUCCAGAGCGCCCACGCUGCCUACCUACAAUGGAGCAAGAUGGCGGGCAUGGAGAGGGCUAGGGUGAUGUUAGAGGCCGCCCGCAUUAUCAGGGAAAGAAGGGAGAAAAUCGCAAAGCUGGAAGUGAUCAACAACGGCAAGUCCAUCACUGAAGCGCUGGUAGAUAUUGAUAUUGCCUGGCAGUGCAUUGAGUACUACGCUGGCCUGGCCGGUACACUCGCAGGCCAGCACGUCCAGCUUCCCGGCGGAUCGUUUGCCUACACCAGGAGGGAGGCCCUUGGUGUGUGCGUGGGAAUCGGUGCAUUUAAUUAUCCCUUUCAGAUUGCAUCAUGGAAGUCGGCCCCUGCUCUGGCAUGUGGUAACGCCAUGGUAUUUAAGCCCUCUCCGAUGACACCUGUGACUGCCGUCAUUCUGGCUGAGAUUUACAAAGAGGCGGGGGUGCCUGAUGGGCUCUUCUGUGUGGUGCAAGGCGGAGCAGACACCGGCACCUUGCUCUGCCAUCACCCGAAGGUGGCCAAAGUAUCUUUCACCGGCAGUGUGCCAACGGGCAAAAAGGUCAUGGAAAUGUCUGCAAAGGGAGUGAAGCAGGUGACUCUGGAGCUUGGAGGGAAAUCUCCCCUCCUGAUCUUCAAAGACUGUGAGCUGGAAAACGCAGUGAAGGGAGCACUAAUGGCAAACUUCCUGACACAGGGGCAGGUUUGCUGCAAUGGUACCAGAGUGUACGUGCAAAGAGAUAUCAUGCCCCAGUUCCUUGAAGAAGUGGUGAAAAGGACCAAGGCCAUCCCUGUGGGUGACCCUCUGUUGGACGGCACCCGGAUGGGCGCCCUGAUCAGCAAGCUGCAGCUGGAGAAAGUUCUGGGAUUCGUCAACCAGGCCAAGAAAGAGGGAGCCAAAGUGCUUUGUGGAGGAGAGCUUAUUGUGCCCAGUGACCCCAAAUUGAAAGGGGGCUACUUCAUGGCACCUUGUGUGCUUGAUAACUGCAGGGAUGACAUGACCUGUGUGAAGGAGGAGAUAUUCGGCCCGGUCAUGUCCGUGCUGCCUUUCGACACAGAGGAAGAAGUGAUCGCAAGAGCGAACAACACCGCCUUUGGUUUGGCCUCCGGCGUCUUUACCAGGGACAUUUCCCGAGCCCAUCGCGUAGCCGAGAAGAUUGAGGCAGGGACCUGCUUUAUCAACAACUACAACAUCAGCCCUGUGGAAGUGCCAUUUGGAGGAUACAAGAAUUCAGGUUUUGGCAGAGAGAACGGCCAGGUGACUAUCGAGUACUACUCCCAGCUGAAGACAGUGGUUGUGGAAAUGGGCGAUGUCGAGAGCCUCUUCUGAACUCCUCUCACAAAGUUAACACAGCUCGGCCAGAACUGUGAAUGAAACACUUCACUGCUGCCUUCUGUCAUGUGCUUUCAGCCAGACAUGACUACAUGUAUCUCUCUCUCUCUCUCUCUAUCUCUCUCUCUGAAGUGAUCCUACUUUAGUUUUAACCAAGUAAAUGAACACAAACCUUGGUGUCAAACUAACUGCCUAUUAACACAAAGAACAAACGCUAGUGUGUGCCUAAAGGGUGAGCCUGUGUGUAGUGACCUGUGAAUCAGGGUUAAUCAGUCUGUGCCCAGACUUGUAUACCCCAUGCUUUACUGACACACUAUUGGACAACUAACGCCUUUUUGUCAAAAUAAAAUGUUAGAAACAAAA